AUGAUCGCUGCUGUUACGGACGCCGACGUGACCGUCACCAAUUCCUUAUACAACAUCAACACCACUGUAACCAUCCCUGGAGGUGAGUCGAGGACCAUUACAGUGACCAAAGAUAUUGCUCUUGCGGCUUUGCUGGUCAUAGAAAAACGUGGCGUCCUUGUUCAAGCGACGACCGACGUUUCUGUGUACGCCUUCAACUUCGGCGGCUACUCCUCCUACUCCUUCAACGUGCUGCCUGCAGCUUCCUUGGGUACCCGGCACUAUCUGGCAUCGUUUGGGUACGUCAAGAAUGCCGAUAUACCUACAUUCGGUGUAGUAGCUACUGAAAAUAAUACCGUUGUGUCAUUCAAGUUCCGACUCACGUUGGACGGCGACUGUGGUACAAUGGACGGCGACGCCCUGAAGGACGGUUACGUUUACAACAUCACCCUUGAUGAGCAUGACGUGUUUGAAGCAAGCUGUACAGGAGAUUUCACAGGGACGAUGGUAUUAAGUAGCAAACCCCUAGGGGUUGUGUCUGGACAUCUUGGGAGUUUUGUUCCCGUUAAUGUUGGCGGGAGGGACACCUUUGCAGAAAUGAUCCCCUCGAGGGACAUGUUUGGGCAAAGGUACGUUCUCCACGGACCAGGUAGAGAUAGGGAAGCUGUUUUCCGUAUCCUAGCAACAGAAGAUGAAACAAACAUAACUACCUCCGAAGACACUGUUCACGUUCUGAUGGAAGGAACGUUUUGGGAAAUAGAUCUCAAACUGAACAAAACACUAUGCAUAUAUGCAUCCAGCCCUGUAAUGGUCUUAAUGUAUGGGAAGGGGGCUUCAGGGGGACCCAGUAACCUAGGAGACCCCUUUUUAAUAGUUGUACCCCCCGUUGAAAGAUUCACGGAGGGUUUCACCACGGACCUUUCGGUUUUCGAUGGAACGAAUUUUGACACGCAUGUGACGGUGGUUACGAAGACCUCCUAUGCAAAGACACUGGCUGCGGAUUAUGACACCGAUGAGGUUCCAUCAUGUCGGUAUUCGGUUGCCAGGGCUCCUGUGACAGCCGGGACUCUGACCAUUGGACUGGGACCUGGAAUGCCUUACGCCGCAUUUCUCUAUGCAUACUUACAUUAUGAAGGAAAUGGGAUGUCCAUGGGAACUGCUAGACAACCCAAUGGCUUGUGGAGCGAGUGCCCAGAGAACCCGUGUCUGAAUAACGGGACGUGCACUGACGAUAUCUUUAAUUACACCUGCACCUGUCUACCUGGCUUUACGGGGUCGCUGUGUGAAGAAUCUCUUGCCGCAACAGUGUCUUCGACAGUCUUCACAUCAGUUACACUGGACACGUCAUUAGUAACGCCUGAAACGUCAUCGUUUACGAUUGAUACGUCAUCACACACGACAGAUACCUCAUCGGUCGAGAUGGAUACCUCAUCGGUGGUGAUACACACUUCAUCAGUCACGAUGGGUUCGUCAUCAUCAAUGACGCAUACGUCAUCAGUCACGGUGGAAACGUCACCAGUCCUGUUGGAAACGUCAUCAAUAAUGACACAGACGUCAUCGGUCUUGUGGGAUUCGUCAUCUAUGUCCUUGGAGAUGCUAACACCAUCACCUACCCCGCAAACUACAACCACAACGUCUGGAAACAGCUUCACAACCUACACCACCGACCUUGCAACAAUAUCAACACCCGCAAGCAGCUUCGAAACUUCAACAACAAACACUCACUCCACAGCAUCUACAACCGGAACCACGUCAUCAAACACCGUCGGCUCUACAACACCGGUGCCUACGAUGUGUGUAUGCAGGUGUUCAGUGAACGUCACAAAAGAGGAAAUUGAACUUAUUAAACAACGUAUUCAGUUAGCUCUGUUCAUAGACAAACGCGUAUUAUCGAAGUCAGUAAGACGUUUGGUAAGCGUGCUGGAUACCCGAAGGUCUGCUACCUCUAUUGGGGCGGCAGGCAUCGCCGUCAUCGUUUCCAUGCUGGGAUUCUUUCUCCUGACCGACGUUGUCCAGAUCUGGAAGGAUCUAUUUCACGGACCCUUACGCCGUAACUGAAACCAGGGAGUGUU